UAACCACUUAAAUACGACGCCGUCUUUAUCUUUCUUCCUAAAACCCCUAACCCUUACCAUUUCUUCCUUCAAUCACCAAAAAUGGAGUUUCUCUUCAAUUCAAUUCUUCAAUUUUAGGGUUUUAGGGUUUCUUCAUUCUACAUCGUCCAUGGCUUCUGAAGAUAUGGGCAUUGUUUCAGCUCGAAGAGUGGACAACGGGCUCAAUCCACAGCUCGUUUUCCAUGAAAGCGGCUUCAGCUGUAUCCCACCACCUCCACCACCACCACCACCACCUCCGGGUCGGGUAGGUUCCGUUACCGGUGAUCCAGGCCCAAAAACUACAAGGGAGCUUACCGGAUUCAUAGACAAGUAUGAUAAUCAUCAACAUCAACAUCAUUACUUCCAUCAAGCUGCUGAUUUUCGCCGUCAAAUGUUCGGGGAUGAACGCCCUGAUUGGAAUAAUGCGAAGAGCCAUGGCGAUGGAUCAGAUGACACUGAUGUGGACGAUGAUGACGAUGAUGAGGAUAAUGAUGAUGAGGGGAUUGUUACAGUUGAAAAUAGUAAUAAUGAUAAAGUUAAUUUUGAUAGUAGUAGUAAAGUAGUUGGUAGUGAUAAAACAAAAAGCCUUUCUACAUUUGGUGAGAAGGAAGGGAAUGUCCGGCAGUCGGGAAAUGAAGGUGGUGUCGACGGGAGAAAUGCAGUGACAAUUGCUAGUGUUGAUGGGGACAUAUAUUAUAAUAAUCAGUAUUUGCAGGGAGCGUCAAAUGCAGGGCAGAAGGAAAUGGGGUUUGAGAAUGGGUGUGGGUUUAGUGGGAGAAAAGAAGGUCAUUAUUUAAGUGAAUCAGGAGAGUCAUUGAGAACUAUUCUUUCCGAUCCAAUUACGGGAGAGCUUAUGGAUGAUGCGAUGAUAUUGACUUGUGGGCAUUCCUUUGGUAGUGGUGGAGUGCAGCAUGUAAUCAGAAUGAAAGCUUGCUAUAUCUGUUCACAAGCGGUGUCCGAAGUCUCAGUGUCGCCUAAUUUAUCUCUUCGAUCUGCAAUUCAAGCAUUCUGUCGAGAAGAGGAGUCACAGCUUAACCGUUCCUUAAAAAGAAGAAGGGAGAGAUAUGAUCAGGAUAGAGGGAACUUUGGUGAUUCAGCACUUCCGGAUCAUCUAAGAGGAAGAGGGGUUCAGUUUCCAUUCGCUGUGACAGACAGGGUUGUAAUAAAGGGUAACAAAAGGACACCUCAGCGUUUUGUGGGUCGUGAGGCUGUUGUUACCACUCAGUGCUUGAAUGGAUGGUAUGUUGUAAAGACAUUAGAUAAUGCUGAGAGUGUAAAAUUGCAAUAUCGCUCCCUAGCCAAGGUUUCAGAUAAUUUAUCAAUCCAGCCAAUAUCAAGUAAGACGGCAGCCAAUUGGCUGUAGAGUUCCCUUCAGCAGAAUGAUCAUGACUCUCUCAUCCCAACUUACUGCACAUAUGCCACGUUUGAUACGUAUAGUCUAACUAGAACAAGAAUUGUGUUUUUUCAGCUGUAAUCUAGAUCUUGUAUCUGUUCAAUGUUAUUCUCAGUCUUAGGUGUUGUAUAUUGUAGAGGUUGUCUUGUAGCACUACAGCAUUGAGAUGAAAUCAUGAGAUAUGAACUAUAUAGAGCCACACUUGUUUAAAAUAAAUGAAUUAUACAGAUUUGUUUCUGCUGGA